AAGAAAAAAAGAUUUUUGGGCUCAUUGUAGACAAUAAAAACUUCCUCAUCUGAUAUAUAGAACAAUCAAUACAUAUAUCUAAAGACGAUUUCUUUUCUUUUAAGAGCUGGGAAUUCGAAGGGUUGUGGUCUUCAAGACCAUCAAAUUUCAUCUGUCUCGCUUGAUACCUCUGCCCUUUCUCUGGUCUGUUUACCGUUGCAACCCACGGCAGAGGGAUCGACUAUUUGCUAAAGCAUUCUUCCACAAUCUGAUUGGAAGGGACUCUCACGGUACACAUACAUGGACAAGAGUUGGAUUGCAUUGGGUAAGACGCCUGAUGGAAGGAUGAAUCAACCAUUUAUUGAUGGGGUGACAUCAUUUAUUAAAUUUGCAAUGGUAGUUAUUGACCAGGAAGGUAAAAUUUUGUGCCCACGUUUGAACUGUGUGAACUAUUAUUCCCAAAAUCCUCGAAAUAUGCAAAUUCAUUUGCUUCAAUAUGGAAUUAUGCAAACGUACACUAUUUUGCACGAGCACGGGGAACCACGUGUAUCAAAUGAGGCUCACCAUGAAAUGGCAAUUGAUGAAGAUGAGGUUUUAGGUGGUAUUGAUGCCUUAGUGGAAGAUCGAAAAAGAGGAGAACCCAACGAUGCACCCUAGAAUGAGGAAGUACAGACGUUUGAUAAACUAUUAAAUAAUGCCAAACGUGAGGUGUACUUAGGUUUCACAAAUUACACUCUAUUGAAGUUUGUCAUCGAGUUACUUAAUAUGAAGGUAAUAAACCAUUGGAGCAAUAAAUCGGUUGACACACUGUUGGAGUUUUUAACAAAACUUUUACCGAAAGAUAAUUUGGUUCCAAAGUCAUUUUAUGAAGCUAAGAAAAUACUUCGUGAUUUAAGCUUGUCAUAUGAGUUAAUUGAUUCUUGUAUAAAUGAUUAUGUACUCUUUUGGAACGAAAAUGCAAGGUUGGAUAAAUGUCCAAAAUGUAAGGCAUCCAAAUACAAGAUUAAUCAUGAUAGGGAUAAGAAGAUUCCCCACAAGGUGUUGCGGUACUUCCCAUUGACACCAAGGUUGAAAAGAUUGUACAUGUCAAGGAAGACUGUUGAGGACAUGAGAUGGCACAAGGACGAACUUGUAGAUGACGGAGUAUUGAGGCAUCCCAUCAAUAGUGAUGAGUGAAAGGAAUUUCAUAUGCAACAUCCUCAGUUUUCCAUGGAGCCUCGAAAUGUGAGGCUAGAGUUGGCUGUUGAUGGGUUCAAUCCUUUCGGGAACAUGAGCAACUCAUAUAGUCUGUGGCCUGUAGUACUUAUUCCUUAUAAGUUGCCACCUUCAUUGGUCAUGAAAGAUCCAUUUCUUAUGCUGUCAUUACUUAUUCCUAGAGAAUCACAACCAAGGAUCGAUAUUGAUGUCUACAUGAGACGUCUGGUGGAUGAGUUGAAUGAGUUCUGGAAAAAUGGUGCAUUAUCUUAUGAUGCCUUAACUGGUGAGUCUUUCCAGAUGCGUGCAGCUUUGAUGUGGACUAUACAUGAUUGGCCUGCAUUUGGUGACAUAUCUGAGUGGAGAACAAAGGGUCAUUAUUCUUGCUACACAUGCAAUGAUGAACCAUAUUUUCAAUCCUUGAAAGGUAAGACUGCAUACACUAACCAUCGAUGCUAUUUGCCUCAGAACCACCACGAAAGGCGAAAGAGUAAGGCUUACAAUGGUAAGCAUGAGAAGCGAAAGAAAUCUUUAGAGUUACCAGUGGAAAAGAUAUUAGAGCAAUUGGACAGAGUGACAAGUGUCACAUAUGGGAAGCAUCUAAGAAACAAGAAAAGACUCUGUCAGGCACCAAAUUGGACAAAGGUAAGCAUCCUGUCUGAGUUACCAUACUGGAAGAAACGGAAGCUUCGACACAACAUUGAUGUCAUGCACGUCGAGAAGAAUUUUAGUGAAAAUACCUUUGGAACUAUGUUAGGCAUUGAUGAGAAGAACAAGGACACCAACAAAGCACGAAUGGACUUGGAAGAUAUGGGUAUAAGGAAAGAGUUGUGGUUAACACGUCGUCCUGAUGGAACUUUUGUCAAGCCUAGGGAAAUUUUUUCAUUGACCCCUGAAGAAAGGGUGGGUUUCUUUGAACUCUUGAAAUCAGUGAAGUCUCCAGAUGAUUAUGCUGCAAACAUAUCAAGAUUAGUGAAUGAGAGAAAUGGUAAAUUAGGAGGCUUGAAAAGUCAUGACUACCAUGUGCUCAUACAACAGAUUCUUCCAAUUGAGAUGCGUGGCGACGUAAACAAAGAGAUUAGUAAAACACUAUUUGAGUUAGGUAGCUUUUUCCAGGAUUUGUGCUCAAGGACAUUGCGCCGUAAUGAACUUGAGAAAUUAGAGGAACCUAUAGUACGCAUAUUAUGCAAGCUUGAAAAGAUCUUUCCUCCAGCCUUCUUUGAUGUGAUGGUUCACUUAGCUGUUCACUUGCCGCGCGAGGCUAUUCUUGGAGGAUCGGUGCAAUAUCGAUGGAGGUACCGAAUUGAAAAGUAAUUGUUAAAUUCAAAGGUUCGUAAUUAUAUGUUGCAUGUGUAACCUUGCUCUUAACUAAUUCUCUUUUCAAGGUUUCUCGGAGCUUUAAAAAAGUUUGUUACAAACCGAGCUCGACCAGAAGGUUCAAUCGCAGAGGCUUACAUUGUCAAAGAGUGCAUUACUUUUUGUUCAAUGUAUGUUGAUGGGAU